AUAUAUAGAGCCAUUUCUAAUUGUGUUCCACUUUGAGUAAUUAAUCAUGCAUGUAAUGGAACCUUAGAUUGAUCUACUGUACCAUAUUGACUGUACUGAUUGUUAAAUCAUAAUGGAGUUUGAGCUUGAAGAUCGUUCAUUGUGCAAUAUUUUGGUGGCCGGUGUUACUGGAAGUGGGAAAUCUGCCUUGAUCAAUACACUCAUUAAUGAGCGAUUGCAGGAGGGAUGCGACAUAUCCAGCGUAAACACGACUGAAAUAGUCCCCAAGACCUGCAAUUUAAAUGGUACUAACUGUAUGAUUUGGGAUACUCCUGGUCUUCUUAGUGGCUCAAACAACAAAGAGCAUCAUUUGAUGGAAAUACAAGAAAAGAUUUCUUGCCAAGACUUAGUUAUAUUUUGUUUGAAGUGUACAGACACCCGCUUUACCGAAGAAAGCCCUGGAGUUGUAGCUAUGGAAUUAUUGACAAGCAAAUUGGGGAAAACCAUUUGGGAGAACGCUAUCAUUGCUUUAACGUUUGCUAAUAACUUGGAGAUUCAACGACCUCAAUGGAAAAGAUUCACAUUUGAACAAAAGCAGGAAGCAUUUAAGAACGAAGUUCAACAGUGGGAGUCAUGUGUCAGAAAAUGUUUGAUUUCAAGUAUAGGUGUGAAGCGACGAAGUGCCGAAAAGAUAUUGUUUAUUCCAGUUGGUUACUACGAUAAUCUUCAACUGUUAGAUAUACCAAAUUGGGUAGUAGCCUUCAAGUCUUUGUGUGUUGAAAAGCUAAAUAAACCUAAGAAGAUUGUUAAAAAAGACAAAACAGGGGCGGCUGUAAUUGGCGGUUUGAUUGGAUUUGGGUUUGGAUGCACUGGAUUAGUAGUUGCCCCAUUGAUAGUGAUCACUCUUCCAGUCUGCAUUGCUAUAGGUGUGUACUUUGGAAGAAAAUCACAUGCAUUGGAAAAAUUUAAUUUUAGUCGGUUGACUGGAACACAAAUAGCUAGGUGUACAUGUGGAGAACACAAGUACAGAACAGUAGUAGCUCCAGAAACUGAACUUUAGUACAAAUGGUUACGAACUAUUGUUAAUUUUUGUGAUUAUUAUGAGCACUGAAAUGUUAUAG